UCCCAACUCUCCUCUGCAACAGUUUCGUUUUUUUUUUUUUUUUUCCUUUUCUUUUUCGCUGCGAUCCGCCGGAAAUCGAAGCUCGCCAGCGCACGAGGCGUCUCACAAGCAACCACAAACGAGCAAACACCCAUCACCAGACACAAUGUCGGCAAUCAAGAGUGCUUUGCCAACGCACCUCAAGCCGAAUCCCGAUGACAACGGAUUCGAGCAGCGUCACCACGGCAAGACUCGCAGUCACAUGGCCUUUGAGAACACCUCGACCAAUGUCGCUGCCGCUCAGAUGCGAAAUGCCCUGACCAACCUCGCCGAGACCGUUGAGGACCCCAAGGAGAAGAAGCUGUUCGAGACCGAGAUGGACAACUUCUUUGCUCUCUUCCGACGAUACCUCAACGACAAGGCCAAGGGAAAUGCCGUCGACUGGGACCGCAUUGCCCCUCCCGCCCAGGGCCAGGUCGUCGACUACGAGGACCUCGCCAACACUGAGUCCGUUCAGUUCCUGAGCAAGCUCGCCGUCCUCAAGCUCAACGGAGGUCUCGGUACCUCUAUGGGCUGCGUUGGACCCAAGUCCGUCAUUGAGGUCCGUGACGGCAUGUCCUUCCUCGACCUGUCUGUCCGCCAGAUCGAGUACCUCAACCGCACAUACAACGUCAACGUUCCCUUCAUCCUGAUGAACUCUUUCAACACCAACGAUGAUACCGCUGCCAUCAUCAAGAAGUACGAGGGCCACAACGUGGACAUUCUCACCUUCAACCAGUCCCGAUACCCCAGAAUCUACAAGGACUCGCUGCUGCCUGUCCCCAAGUCCUUCAACUCAUCCAUCACCGAGUGGUACCCCCCUGGACACGGUGACGUUUUCGAGUCGCUGUACAACUCUGGCAUUCUUGAAAAGCUGCUGGAGCGUGGCAUCGAGAUCAUCUUCCUGUCCAACGUCGACAACCUGGGUGCCGUUGUUGAUCUCCGCAUCCUCCAGCACAUGGUUGAGACCAAGGCCGAGUACAUCAUGGAGUUGACCAACAAGACCAAGGCUGACGUCAAGGGUGGUACCAUCAUUGACUAUGAGGGAUCCGUCCGCCUGCUGGAAAUCGCUCAGGUGCCCAAGGAGCACGUCAACGAGUUCAAGUCCAUCAAGAAGUUCAAGUACUUCAACACCAACAACAUUUGGCUGAACCUCAACGCCAUCAAGCGCGUGGUGGAGAACAACGAGUUGGCUAUGGAGAUUAUCCCCAACGGCAAGACCAUCCCUGGUGACAAGAAGGGCGAGUCAGACAUUUCCAUCCUCCAGCUCGAGACUGCUGUCGGUGCUGCCAUCCGCCACUUCAACAACGCCCACGGUGUCAACGUUCCCCGUCGGCGAUUCCUGCCCGUCAAGACCUGUUCCGACCUCAUGUUGGUCAAGUCUGACCUGUACACCUUGAAGCACGGUCAGCUCCAGAUGAGCGCCGCUCGUUUCGGCGAUGCUCCUCUGAUCAAGCUGGGCAGCGACUUUAAGAAGGUUUCAGACUUCCAGAAGCGCAUCCCCUCCAUCCCUAAGGUGUUGGAGCUUGACCACCUCACCAUCACCGGUGCCGUUAACCUGGGCCGUGGUGUGACACUCAAGGGCACAGUCAUUAUUGUUGCGACUGAGGGAAGCACCAUUGACAUUCCUCCCGGGUCGAUCCUCGAGAACGUUGUCGUGCAGGGUAGCUUGCGUCUGUUGGAGCACUAAAAUGCGUCGUUCAUUUUCUUUCACUUUUUACCCCAAAACAAAAUACCCAGUGCUCCAGGCUUGGAAUUUAUCGUCGUAUCUAUUAGUAUUUCCCAUUUUUAUGUGCUGGCAUAUCGAGCGAGUUGGGGACUGGCCGGAUAAUGAACAAUCAGCUGGACGGCGGUUGAUCAAAUAAACAAACAAGCAAAUUAACAAAAGAAAAAAAAAAUGUAAAGGAAGAACAGAUGGAUGGAAUGACGGAUGUGGAGGACAUUCAUGAUUGUACCGAUGACAGCGUCGGCAUUGUGUAAAUACAGCUAUUAGGGCCUUGAUAAUUGAUACAAUGAGUUGGUAUCCCCAGAUAGAGCUCCCG